CCCAUCACUACUCUAUAUUGGUAUGCAUGAAGUGGGCGUGGUUAACUCGUCGCCCCGCCCAUACGCAUAGUGGUCCCACUCUGCCUUCGUAUUUACGUCCCUGGCGUCAAAUGGUUGUAUUGCUAACCGUUUUAUUGCUCGUUGUAUUUUAGAAACGGCGCUGUGCUCAUUACUUUUGUAAAUACAUGUCCAUACCCUCGUUAAACCUGACCAGGCUUUGCAGAAACUGUCGAGCAGACAGCAGGGAUGCUUGCGCUUCUGCGAGGAUGUGUCAUGAAGGACUGCCGGUGCUGGGAUGCGGCCAGCAGCAAAAACUACGAGGAGCUGUUUGAAAAACUAGACGCCAAUAAUGAUGGGAAAGUUGACGUGGCGGAGCUUCGGGCAGGUCUCAUAGCGAUGGGGAUAGCCUUACGUACUGGAGAAGCUCAGAAAAUAGUGGCCACCGGUGACAAGAACAGGGACGGUGUGCUUGACUUCCCAGAGUUUGCCAGAUAUCUCAAAGAGCACGAGAAGAAACUGUGGCUCACGUUCAAGAGCUUGGACAAGAAUAAUGAUGGUCGACUGGAUGCCUGUGAAAUCAAACAGUCUCUGGCUGAACUGGGAAUGGAUAUAUCCACAGAGGCAGCACUGAAAAUCCUACAGAGCAUUGACAUUGACGGCACCAUGACCGUGGACUGGAACGAGUGGAAGGAGCACUUCAUGUUCAAGCCUACAACUGACCUGGAAGAAAUAAUUAGAUACUGGAAACACUCCUCGCAGCUGGACAUUGGUGAUAAUCAUGUCAAUUCCUAUGAGUUCACCAAUGAGGAGAAGAUCUCCGGUGUUUGGUGGAGACAGCUAGUUGCCGGGGCAACAGCAGGGGCAGUUUCUCGAACAGGCACUGCACCUUUGGAUAGAAUAAAGGUUUUUAUGCAGGUUCAUGCAUCCAUGUCAAACCAGAUCAGUCUGGUGGGAGGGUUCAAACGGAUGCUUAAUGAAGGAGGAGUGGCAUCUCUAUGGAGGGGAAAUGGCCUCAAUGUGUUAAAAAUGGCCCCUGAGACCGCUAUCAAAUUCAUGGCCUAUGAACAGUAUAAGAAGUAUCUGUCAUCCGAUGGUGAUAAAAUAGAGACGGCACAGAGAUUUAUGGCUGGUUCUUUAGCUGGUGCCACAGCACAGACUUCCAUUUACCCUAUGGAGGUAGUGAAGACUAGAUUGACCCUGAGGAGUACCGGACAGUAUUCCGGGAUGAUCGACUGUGCCAGGUCAAUUCUGAAAAGAGAGGGCAUCAAGGCUUUCUAUAAAGGUUAUGUCCCCAACAUGCUGGGCAUCAUCCCUUACGCUGGCAUCGACCUCGCUGUUUAUGAGAGCCUAAAGAAUGCCUGGCUUGCACAUUAUGCCAGAGACACAGCCAACCCCGGUGUUCUGAUCCUGCUUGGCUGUGGUACUGUCUCCAGCACAUGUGGGCAGCUGGCCAGCUACCCUCUGGCCCUGGUACGCACUCGUAUGCAGGCACAAGCGUCACUCGAAAACUCGGAGCAGCCCUCUAUGCGGUCACUGAUUAAGAGCAUUGUGGCGAAGGAAGGAUUUUUCGGUCUCUAUCGGGGGAUCCUACCCAACUUCAUGAAGGUCAUUCCAGCCGUCAGCAUCAGCUAUGUAGUGUACGAGUACACAAAAUCAUCGCUGGGUAUCUCAAAGUGAAUGUCACUGGGCCGUGUUCCCAAAUCGCAGCAUAGGAGUGCUGUUCCUGGAUCCAUUUAUCUUCUUAGACACAGGAAAAAUGUAUUAGUCAUGUGGAGCAGCCACAAUCUGGUCCCAGCUCAGCAUUCCUGUGUUAAAAAGCUUCUUGAGUCCAGGCUGAUGUUGUCGUUUUACAGUACUUUCCUUCAUGAAUGUAUCGUCUGGACUAAACACCACUGAAUUAGACUUUUCAAAGCCACAGUAGUGCAUCGGUAGUGUCUUACAUACAAGGAUGAAGCAGUGGGAUGGACUCAUUUACUGUAGAUUUAACUCCAUGAUUUAGUUAUAUGGGUAUUUGUCGUUUGUUUAUUUAAAUUUGUAGCAAUAGGAAAGGCCGGUCACUGCACUGAAUAAUAUGGCGAAUAAGAUUGGCCUUAUGACAUGCUACGACCUCUUUAUUGUGUGUCUAGGCACGUGAGUGCCUGAUGUCUGUGAACAUUGGUUUUAUUUCUAUUACAUUAUUUUUUAUAUUUUAUUACACAUUUAUACAAUGUAGACCCCAAAAUACCACCACAUAACCCACCAGAUAACGCCAGUGCACCACUGAGAAAGGUACUAAAAUGGGUAGUUAAUCCAAAUUAUAAAUAAUGAAAAAUCUGUUCCAAAAUCUGUGCCCUUAUUGACUUGCCCUCCCAAACUCCAAAUGGGAGGAAUUUCCAUCGCCAUCGUAAGGGCCUUGUUGGCCUUUUUACAGUCUGAGGGAUUGAGUUAACCAGAAUUUGUCCAGAUGGCAUCGCAGUCUGUGGUUUCAAAACAGCAUAAAUUGUGGAUAAAGCUGUUUAUAAAUGUAAACAGAACCAAUAAAAUACAGGAUAUUUAAAAAAAAAACAACUAUUGAAAUCACCAAAGAACUUGCUUU